AUGUCGGAAUGGUUCGACCUGCUGAAUUUUGGCACGCCCGUAGACCGGUGCGAGGACGCGACACCGCGUAGACACCGGAGCGCGUCUCCGUCGCCUCGGGGGCGCGUGGCAUGGCGCGACACGCAGCAAAGCUCGUCGCCCCACGGCGUACCGGACAUGCGGCCAGACACGCCGAGCGCAAAAGGCCACGACGAGGGGCCUGCCCCCGAUCUGUUUGCGCAGGAGAAUGCGCCGCUGCAGGUGAGUCCAAGCACUGUGCGUACCGUGCGUGCGCGGCGCCAGGCGCGACGCGCGCAGGCGCACACGCCGUACGCCUACCCCAUGUACACAUUCGCACCCGCCACCAAGUCUGCGGCGCCUGAGCGGCGAAAGGCGGCGCCGCCCAAGUCGCCACGGCCAUCGACACCACGCAUGGCGCGUGUGCAUAGCGAGCCUGUGGCCAUUUCGCCGUAUCAGCCCAAGGAUACCCAAGACAAGCCCGACUCGGACGAUAGCUUUACGCGUCUGGUCGGCGACGACGAUUUCGACGCCGCUGCUGUAGAGGAGCUAGCGCGCCGCGAAGGCUGGUAG